AUGGCGUUAUCUGUCCGUAAGGCGUUAUUGCUUGCCGGCAUAGCGUUAGUUAUUACCGGGCUACCGACGGCGGCGAAGGUGGUGCGGUGGUUCACAGUCAUCUCCAUGCUCUUCCAGCCUGUGGCUGCAGCGCGCGAGAUCAUGGCGGAUUGCCAGGAACUGGCCCGCUGCGUCCAGAUGAUUUUGAGGGAGGUCAACAGGAUUAUCGAUUUCUUCCUCAACCUCUACGCCGCGUGGUAUCACGAGGAGGUUGAGAAGUACACGCUGGCGCAGAUCAGGGCGGCGACCAACAACUUCGCCCACCUGAUCGGCCAAGGCGUCUCCGGAAGGGUGUACGGGGGCGCACUCGGCGACGGCCGUAUGGUGGCCGUCAAGCGCCUCAAGGACUGCCUGCGACGACGCGCGCAGGACACGUUCGGCAUGGAGCUCGCCCUUCUCCAGCCGCUCAGCCAUGACCACGUCGUCCGGCUCGUGGGCUCGUGCGCGGAUGGGGAACACCGCAUCCUCGUCUACGAGCACAUCGACAAUGGCACGCUCAGAGACCACCUGAAUAACAAUGGGGCGCCCCCGACCUGGAUAACGCGCGUCCAGGUGCUCCUGGGCGCGGCGCGCGCCAUCGAAUACCUGCACGGCGAGGAUGUCAUCCACAGCAACGUCACUUCGGCCAAUAUCCUUCUCGACCGGAGCUUGACGCCGCGCGUGUCGGGAUUCGGCGCGUCGGUCCGGCGAGCGCCGGGAGUGGCGUCCCAGGCCGUGGACGUCGUCCAGACGGAAGGGUACCGCGACCCGGAGUACGACAGAACGCGCCGCCUCAAACCGGCGACCGACGUGUACAGCCUCGGAGUGGUGAUGCUCGAGGUGCUGACGGGGCAGCCGCCGGUGCGAGCUAACAACGCGACGCUGGUUUCAUGGGCGCUACCGAGCAUUCAAGCCAGGAAGAUGGACGAUGUUCUCGACAGGCGCCCCACGUCGAAUCCCAGUCCAGGCCAGCGCAAGGCGCUGAAGAUGGUAGCGAAGACGGCGGCAAGCUGCGAGUACCUCGACGACGACCUGCGCGCCGAGGACCCGCGAGAGGAGGAGGAGGAGCUUGACAACGACGAGGAUCGGCGCGGCGCCCACUACCCGCCGCUGCCCCGCGCGACGCCGCCAACUAUUAAAAAAAUAAUCCCCACCAAUCCUUAUCCUCUCCUCCUCACCAGCCUUAUCCUCUCCCACGAUACAGAGCUGCAUCUCUUCCUCGCGUGCGUCCGCAGCCUCCACGCUUGCUGCAGCUGCACGCCUCGUUCCGCGCCGCCGCUCCACGUCUCAGCUCGACCAGGAGCACGUCUCCUCUCCGCUCCGUUCCGCGCCGCCGCUCCACGCCUCAGCUCGGCCACGAGCACGUCUCCUCUCCGCUCCGUUCUGCGCCGCCGCUCCUCGCUGCAGCUCUUCCUCGUCUCCAAGCCUCCUCGUCGGCGCGCGCAGGGGUCCGGUCCACGCUGCAGCUCCUCGUCUGCGCCGCACCUAGCAGGACAACCGCCUUCACCACGUCCCCUCCCGUCGCGGCUGUGCCGACCCGAGGACUUCCACGACGCUGGCCGGCCCGAGGACUUCCUGUUGGUCGCCGUCGUCGUUGGUCCUACCUCGACCGCACGCCGUGGCCAGCCCCCACCUUGA